ACCUGGUCUGGAUGUUUGGUUUUGGUUUUGGUUUUGGUUUCCAGAUCCAUCCUGCCAUUGCCUUAACUCACUCGUUCUCUGUGACAUCCUGCUCAGGUGACUGCCCCUCCGGAGCAUCCUGAGUCCAGAAUCCUGUCAUCACAUCCAGUUCCUGGUUUGAGGACAACCAUCUAGGUCAAGAUAGGGCCUCAGAGCUUGGCUCCUCCCCCUGUGCUCUCACCAGCUAGGGCUUGACCCAGGCAGGUCGCUUUCCCUGGGCUUCUCACUGCCUGCCAGAGAAGAAGUUAGGGGAGGGGCUGAAGUCAUAGCCGACUAGAGGGUGUCCUCUGUGGACCAGUUUUUUCAGCUGGUAAACUGGAUUGUGGAGGCCUGGCCCUAGUUUCCCGUCAGGUCAGGACUCUGGCUGCCCCCCCAACUUAUGCUUCUUUAGAGAAGCCUGCCCUGCUUGAGAUGCUUGGGCUUAUGGAACGUGCAGGAGUGAUAGAUUUGAAGACUGAAACUGAGUGGUGGCAUCUUUAAUCAUUGAGGACCCCAGGUUUCCAGGCCCCCAACAGGGCAACUCCUGACAAGUGUGGAGGACCCCCAGUCACGGAGGCCUCCUCUGUCACCAGCAUGUCCCAGAGACAUUCUGACAGCUCUCUGGAUGAGAAACUACUGGAGUAUCGCUUCCAUGCAGAGCUGCGCCUCGAUGCCAACGGGAACCCUAUCCCUGGACUCCCCAUGGUCCGGAGCUCCUUGAAAGCCAGAGCCAAUGCUGCCUUUGAGCCAGAUGCCUCAGAACCCCUGCCGCCACCUCCGUCACCGGAAGAUGAGGAUCCUCGGCCCAUCGUCCUUAGCACGCAAAGCCCCGCGGCCCUCAAGAUGGGCACGCAGCAGCUCAUCCCCAAGAGUCUGGCUGUGGCCAGCAAGGCCAAGACCAAAUCCCCAGCCCGCCACCAGAGCUUUGGGGCGGCUGUGCUCAGCAAGGAGGCUGCCAGGCGGAAUCCUCAGCUCUUCUCAGCCCCCAGCUUCUCGUUGGAUGACAUGGAUAUGGACGUGGUUAAUACCGGGAACCUGAGGCGCAACCUGAGGAACCAGUCCUACAGGGCAGCCAUGAAGGGCCCGGGGCCACCCAGUAGCAAGGGGGACUCAGUCCAGCUUGGCCCCAAGCUCCAGGCUCUCGCUGAGGAGGCUGCUCAGCCUUCCUCCCGGUAUCCAGCCAAAAAUAAGAAAACUCUCGGUCGGAAACGUGCGCACAAGGGCUCUUUCAAAGAUGACCCCCAGCUGUACCAGGAGAUCCGAGAGCGGGGUUUGAACACCAGUCAUGAGUCCGAUGAUGACAUUCUUGAUGAGCCCUCCGGCCCAGUGGGAACUCAGAGAGCAGAUACCACCAUCGUGGUCAAGAACUAUCGGCCUGCUCAGCUCACCUGGAGCCAGCUCCCAGAGGUGCUGGAGUCAGGUGUCCUGGACACGCUGUCAACGGAAGAACGGAAGAGGCAGGAGGCCAUCUUCGAGAUCCUCACUUCUGAGUUCUCGUAUCUGCACAGCCUGAGCAUCCUGGUGACUGAGUUCCUGCAGUCCCGGGAGCUGAGGGCCACUAUGACCCAGACGGAACACCACCACCUCUUCUCUAACAUCUUGGAUGUGAUGUCGGCCAGUCAGAAGUUCUUUGAAGCCCUGGAGCAGCGGCACAAAGCUCAGGUGUGCGUGGAGGACAUCAGCGACAUCUUGGAGGACCAUGCUCAGCAUCAUUUCCACCCUUACAUUGCCUACUGCUCCAACGAGGUCUAUCAACAGCGCACCCUACAGAAGCUGUCGAACAGCAACGCAACCUUCCGGGACGUUCUGAAGGAGAUCGAGAAGCGGCCUGCGUGUGGGGGCCUGCCCAUGAUCUCUUUCCUGAUUCUCCCCAUGCAAAGGGUGACCCGGCUGCCACUGCUGACAGAUACACUCUGCCUGAAGACGCAAGGCCAUCCCGAAAGGUAUAAAGCUGCCAGCCAAGCCCUAAAGGCCAUCAGCAAGCUGGUGAAGCAGUGUAACGAGGGAGCCCACAAGAUGGAGCGCACAGAGCAGAUAUACACACUGAACAUGCAGCUGGACUUUGGCAAGGUCAAGUCCCUCCCGCUCAUCUCUGCCUCUCGCUGGCUGCUGAAGCGCGGGGAGCUCCUCCUCUUGGAGGAAUCCAGUAUCUUUAGGAAAAUCGCCAGCCGACCCACGUGCUACCUGUUCCUGUUCAAUGAUGUCCUGGUUGUCACCAAGAAGAAAAGUGAGGAAAGCUACCUGGUCCAAGACUACGCGCAGCUAGACCAUGUACAGGUCAGGAAACUGGAACCCUCGGAGCCCUCACUGCCAGGAGGCAGCAGCCGCAGCUCCUCCGUGCCCUACCCAUUCCAGGUGAACCUACUACAUAACAGCGAGGGUCGCCAGGAGCAGAUACUGCUGUCAUCGGACUCUGCGAGUGACCGGGCCCGGUGGAUCACAGCACUCACCUACAAGGAGAGACAGUGGCAGGGCAUCACCAACAAAGGAGAACUCCCCCAGGUGGAGGUCACCAAGGCGUACUUUGCCAAACAGGCCGAUGAGAUCACACUGCAACAGGCUGACAUCGUCCUGGUCCUGCAGGAAGAGGACGGUUGGCUACACGGGGAGCGGCUUCGGGACGGAGAGACCGGCUGGUUUCCCGAGAGCUUUGCUCAUUCCAUCACCAGCCGUGUGGCCGUGGAAGGCAACGUGCGCAGGAUGGAGCGGCUGCGGGUGGAGACAGAUGUGUAGCUGGACUGACCGCUCAAAGGCGAAGCCAUGGUGGACACAGCUUCAGUCCCCUGACCAGCAAGUGGUCCUGCCUGCCCCCAAGGAGUAUGAGGGGUUUGUCAUGGGAAGCCCUUCCCCUGGGCUCACGGUUGAGUGCAGAACACUGAACAUCUAUAGAUCCCGCUUGCUUAGACAUCUUUGAGGCAAGUCCCAGGGGCUCACAUUCUGGAAGAAGCCUAGCCUGGCCUCUUACUGGACACCUGAGCUACACCGAGUAACAGUGAUACAGGACUGCUGCCUUCGUUGAAGACAUCAUAGGGUUACCUCCCAGCUGCACCCCUCCAUCCCAGGUGGGACAAAAAGGGCCGGUGUUCUGAGAGGACAGUGCUGGUGGCAGGUGACCUGAGGUGCCAGCAGGGAUAUUGUGAUUACAGAUCUAAAUAACAUAAAAGUAUUUCUUUAAAAUUUUGUUUUA